GACACAUUCUCGCGCUUCACUUUUGACCUCAGUGAAACUAACAGGGAGUCCCUGAACUGCACCUCAGGCGAUGGCGUUACCCGCGGAGAAGCUUCCGAUCGAGGCUCACCUGGAGUCUCUCUCGUGCGGCGGUUCUCCGAAGCACGAGUGCUCGGACGACUCCGAGUCGAGCGACGACGCCGGCAGCGAGGACGGCCUGUGGCGGCCCGGCGGCCUCUGCCGGGAGGAGGGCUCCGUGUCGGCGGCCGAGACCGCCGAGAGGCGAGCGGCCAGAAGGAAGCUCUACUUGGCCUGCGGCGUCUGCCUCGUCUUCAUGAUCGGAGAGGUCGUCGGGGGGUACGCGGCUCAGAGUCUGGCCAUCAUGACGGACGCGGCUCAUCUCCUGACGGACUUCUGCAGCAUCGUCAUCAGCAUCUUCUCCCUGUGGCUCUCCACGUGGCCUCAGACGCACGCCAUGACCUUCGGGUGGCAUCGAGCAGAGGUUCUGGGCAUGAUGCUGUCGAUGCUCUCCAUCUGGGCCGUGACGGCGCUGCUCGUGGCGUCGGCCGCUCAGAGGAUCUCUGACGGCGACUACGACAUCGACAGUCGGAUCAUGCUCAUAACCUCCGGCUGCGCCGUGGCCGUCAACAUCCUGAUGAUCCUGAUCCUCCACCAGUCCGGAGCCUCGCACGGCCACGGGCUUCCCGCCAAGCGGAGCCAGGGGAGCGGCCACAAUCACGGCCACGGCAACGGGCACAAUCACGGCCACGGCAACGGCCACAAUCACGGCCACGGCAACGCCAGCGUGAAGGCGGCGUUCGUCCACGUGGUGGGAGACCUGGUGCAGAGUAUCGGCGUCGUGGUGGCCGCCGCCAUCAUCUACUUCUGGCCUGAAUAUAAAGUAGCGGAUCCGAUUUGCACGUUCCUGUUCUCGGUUCUGGUUCUCGGGACGACGAUUCCGAUCACAAAGGAUGUUCUCAGAAUCCUGAUGGCCGGCGCUCCUCAGGGCGUGGCGGUCGGCUCCGUGAAGGAGCGGCUGCUGUCGGUGAGGGGAGUGGCGUCGCUGCACAGCCUGCACGCGUGGAGCCUGAACACCAAUCGCUCCUUAGUGUCUGUGCACCUGGCCACAGAAGGAGGCGCUGACGCUCCGCUCGUCCUCGCCAAGGCCUCAAAGCUCCUGCGCUCCGAGUUCGGCUUCUCCAGCGUCACGAUCCAAGUGGAGCAUUGAAGACCGCCGGCGUCCCCCGACUGAGGAAAGCGCCGGGGGUUCAACGCCUUGCUCAAGGACACACCGACAUGCACUCUAUGGGGCAGAGCGGCGGUCGAACCGGCGGCCUCGUGGUCACAGUGGACGCCUCCCCGCAAAAGUACUGAGACGCUGUACUUAUAACUGAUAUUCUCCUGUGUUGGGUUUUAAUUUACAUUAAAUAUUCACGGAACGGGUC